UUCCCUUCUCCGCAUUCACAACUACAUCUAAACUAAACGCAAUGGCUACACGACCUGUGCCGCCGUAUCUCCGCCUGCGCACGCCAGGCUUCGCGCACCACGGGCUCAAGUUCUCGCCGUACUUUGACGGGCGCGCAGCAAUUGCCAGCGGCGCCAACUUCGGUCUCGUCGGGAAUGGGCGCGUGCACAUCGUCCAGACCACGCCGGCGGGGCUGCAGCUCGAGAAAGUAUUCGAUACGCAGGACUGCGUGUACGACGUUGCGUGGAAUGAGGCGCACGAGAACCAGGUGCUCGCGGUGUGCGGCAAUGGGUCGUUGAGGCUGUUCGACAUCACACUGCAGGGCCUCCCGGUCGCGGCAUGGCACGAGCACAGCUCCGAAGUCGUAAGCGCGGACUGGAGCAACAUCGAGAAAACGCAGUUCGCGACUGCAAGCUGGGACGGAACGGCCAAGGUGUGGGCGACGGAACGCGCGACGGCGCUCGCGACGCUCCCCGGCGCACCUGGACACCAGCUGUACACGGCGCUGUUUUCGCCACACACGCCCGCACUGCUGGCCACGAGCGGGCAGGACGGGCUCGUGCGUCUCUGGGACUUGCGGACGGUGAGCGCGCGCGGUCCCGCGCCGCAGCCGGUGCAGACGCUGCAAGCGAGCGCGGGGGACGUCCUGGCCGCCGACUGGAACAAGUACCAUCCCGGCGUGUUGGUGACGGCGGGCAAGGACCGGAGCGUGCGCGUGUGGGACACUCGGAAUGCCGGGCGGCCCGUGACGGAGCUCGGCGGGCGCGCGGGGCAUACCUCCGCCGUGCGCAAGGUGCAGUGGUCGCCGCACCAUGCGGAUGUGCUUGCGUCGUGCGGCUACGACAUGAGCACACGGGUGUGGCGCACGUCGCCGCCCAGCAUCAUGGGCGUCAUGCACGACCACUCCGAGUUCUGCAUGGCGCUCGGGUGGGCGCUGUUUGAGGAGGGCGUGCUCGCGACUGGCGGGUGGGACCAGGUCGUCAACGUGUACCGCCCGCUGUAGGCAAUAGGAAGGGGAGGGGAGUGCAUCCCCGUUGUAACGACUAUCUACUAGCAUUCAGCUCUACGGCAUUAGGUACUAGAUUACGGCGAGCGUAGGGUACAGCGGCCACGGCCCAGGACACGAGAUACAAUCAAAUGUUCUUCUUGGCCUCGGCGUCGCUGCGGGCGGCAGCCUCGUCGAUGGCCUUCUGCUCCUUGGCCUCGAGCUGCUGCGCAUACUCCUGCCCGAUCUGCAUGCCGAUCACACCGAGAAGGAGGAGGCCGACGAGCGCGUUGCCCGCGGCGAGCACGCGCACAGCCUCGAUCUUCUCGUUGUCGGUGAACGGCUUCUCGGGCGCGGGCGGCGCGGGGAUGAUGCU